UCCUAGCAACCGUUUAAAUUAAAAUGAGCUAUAAAACGGACCAAAGCCUUUUGUACGAAUUUAUUUUUAUAACAUUAAUCGUUUUAAAUGGGGCCAAAAAGUUGAUAAGUACAUACAUUUAGAUAAUUGUAUAAACGUAAAUAAACUUAAAACCAAUGCCAAUAACAUAUAAUCGCGGAAAUGUAAGAAAACUUGCUUUUAGAUCUAGAGGAAGGUCUGCACACUCCUGUGAUGUUACUACUUCCAAAGUCGAGCACAGUGACGAGGGUGAUGGGCGGUUUCUACAAAUUAAGCCUGCGAUAGCCGAUCCUCGUGCCUCUUUACAACGGUCUAACACUACUCUAUCAAGUAAUAAUUAUGUUCAUAGAGGAGAUGGCAAUGAGGAAAGUAUCAGAUUGCAGGCAGUGGGUGAAGGAAAGGUGCAACUUUCUAGAACUCAACAGGAAAAAGAUCGUCUGCCUGAUAGAAUAAGUUUAGAUAGGAGAGGAUUAUCAUCAAUACCACAUAUAGUAGGGGAACCCGGGCUGAGAUUACUGUCACUGCAGCACAAUUUAAUUAACAGUUUAGCUGGCUUAACGCCUCUUGAUCUCGGGAAAUUAGUGUUCUUAGAUGUGUAUGAUAAUCAAAUUGAUAAGAUUAACUCAUUAGAACGACUUUUUAGUCUAAGAGUGCUUUUAAUGGGUAAAAACAGGAUCAAAAGAAUAGAAGGCUUAUCAAACCUUUUGAAACUAGAAGUGCUAGACUUGCACGGUAAUAGAAUAACUAAAGUCGGGGGGCUAUCUAACUUGACCGAACUGAAAGUGCUCAAUUUGGCUGGAAACCAAAUAAAAUUCAUUGCACAGAGCGACCUUCAGGGACUUUUAGCUUUAAGAGAACUGAAUCUUAAGAGGAACCGAUUGAAAAAGUUACAAGGAUUUCAGUUUACGUCGAAACUACAAAAGCUUUAUUUAAGUAACAAUGAUUUGCAAAGUGUGGAAGACGUCUCUUCACUUGCCGAAGCAACAACGUUGAUUGAAGUAUCAUUGGAUGGUAAUCCAGUUGCCUUAGGAGGGGACUGUACACCAUUUUUAGUAUCAUACCUUCCGAAUUUAGUGUCAUUAUCAAAUCUGCACGUUACAGAUCAAGUUCGAAGCGCGGCGAUGGCGUGGCGUAAUAACAAAGAGGCUGGUCAUGCAGCUUAUUGCGCUCUCAGUGGAUCAGCUCAACAGGCAGCUCGUAGAGAUCAGGUUAUCAACAAUGCUAGAACCAACUGGGAACUUUUAAGGACAGAAAAUAAAUGUUUACUGAGUCCAACCAGUCCUGUGAAACAUACUGAGUCUGAAAGUGAUUUAUGUGACGGUAAAACUCCAGAUGAAAAACACACUGUUGAAACUAAAGUAAUGCCAGAUGUGAUAGUAUGUGCGCAACCAGCUAAUGAAUCUAGGAAUCUUGCUGAUAAUAGCAAGACAACACAAAAUGAUGUAAAGGCCAAAACACCGGCCACCAGGAUUCAAAGAAGCAAUACUGCUCGAAAGCUUUCAGAAAGGCGAGUUAAUUUUUCAGACCGUAGUGCCUCUCAGGACACAGAUGCUUCACACUCUACAUCCACUAGCAGUGACCUACGACUGCCGCCAAUAUUAUUGCCAAUAAUUUCGUCUUUGGAAAGUGUUAAACUUGCUGACAGUAAUGAACCCAUUCUAAAACGCUGGGAGAGCAUCUCCAGCGUAGAACCUGUAAUUGAUUCAUCAUUCAGUUCACUACCUUCAACAUCAACAGACAGUGAAGAAGAAACUCAACAGAGGAGACUAAGGCGGACUCCAACUGUAAAAAGACGAGAAAAGUUCAGUUCGAUGCGUUCCAAGUCUGUAUGUGACCCAGAGAGUAGAAGAAUAAAAAAUACCAAAAAUAUAGACAACGACAAUGCGAGUAAUAUAUCCAGUAGUACAGCAGUAGGAUCUGUUGCAAGUGAACAUAAAAUCAAACGACAGGGUUCUUUAAAUACUAAAACAAAUAACAGAAACAUAAGAAGUGCAACAAUAUUACGAAGGAGUGAAAGAUCGUCGUCUGCACAACGGGCUUCCACGGGAAGAGUGAAAUCUGGGAAAAGCUUGGCCAGUUUAAAGUCGACUGAGCCUAUUCCCAAGGUAAUGCCUACAACUAAAGACCGCGAACAAGGAGUGGACUACUUGGUAGAAGUAAAUGACGGCAUCGUAAGUGCAUGGGGAACAGGAGCAGUCCGACGAUUGGCACGUGAAUGGGAUUGGGAGAAAGCGCAGACAGUAACGAAGGCUGCAUUCCACUACGUUCAUUUUAACGCUGUUGCCCAAUCUUUGCCAGAGUUAAAGGCCAAAUUUCCCAAUGUUUCUCACAUAUCGGUACGCGCAACUGGUCUUCAGUGCUUAGGACAGCUGCAUUCUUUAGCUGAACUACGAGGACUCACAAGCUUGACGGUUCUUCCAGAAGGGAAUCCUAUUUGCGUAAAAACCUGGCGUGAAUACGCAAUUUAUAGAUUAGCACAUUGGGGUCUUAAAGAGAUAAACGAAGAGCAGGUAACUGAAGAAGAAAUGAAAUCUGCAAAUAAAACUUAUAGUGGAUUAAGCGAUUUGGUCCUUCGAGCCUUACCCGAUGAUCCAUUACAGCCACUUUUAUCUCGGCUUGGAAGAAGUGGGAAUAGCGUAACAACUGCUAAGGCUUGGUUAAGAUCUGCUGACCCAGCAUUGCGAGACGUUAUUGCGAAGGAAGCCUUACAGUACAAGAAGGGAAGUGUAUCUCAGGAUGACAUGAGUUGGCGGGUUCGUGGUCGCAAGCAACUAUCGCAAGCCAUUGAAGUUUCAUGUGGAGCUGCCCAGCGCUUGCGCAUCUUAGAAAUUCAAUGGUCGACAAUAUUCAACGAUAUGAUUGAAGAAAUUUUAAACGAUUUUGCCGAUAUGGACACGCAUGUCAAGGAUAAAAUGCGUUCACUCGCAGAGACACUGCAUUAAUAGUUUAGCUAAUGUUAGCCAAAUACACUAGUGCCAUAACCUGAAUUAAUAAUCAGCCAACACUCGCUAAUGCACAGCGUUUGUCCACUCGAACCGGUGAAGUACUACUGUAUUGUCAAUAUUUACAUGAUUUAAGGUUUAACUAGUUAAAAAAGUCUUCUAUUGAAAGUAAAAAAUGAUUUUAAUAUUCAAAUAAUAAAUAUUGACAAUCCAAUCCGUUUCGAGGGCAAAAGACUGGAAUUUAUAAAGCGUACUUUAAUCUUAGCUCAGAUUUUGCUCAUGCCAAUCAUAUUUAGAGCUCAUGGACAUUUAACGUUUCUAUUUACAAAAUUUAAUUAGUUAAGUACGCUUUAAAAAUUUACAGACUUAAGUUUGAUGGUGACGUUUUCAUCGUCAAUGUGUGACAAGAAACGUUAAAAAAACGCAAAAGAAGAUACAUUUUAAAUAUAUGUUUGAUCAAAUGAUGUAUUUAUUAUAUUUAGUUGGUAAAAGUAAAAAUUAUUAAGUCCAAACGAAUAUAUGAAGAAUACUUGGUAAUUUUUUACCUUAAAGUUAUUAUAUUGGUGCGCCAUAAUCUGUUUUUGUUACGCGUUGACGAAUUAGCGAAGAAUUAUCAUCAAAAUAACUCGUGACUGAUAUAUUUUUCCACAUACUAAACAAUAGUUGCUCAAACUAGUUUAACCGUUUACACCUUCAUGUUAGAUAUAACAUUAACAAUUAUAAUUAUUGUAAUUCAUAAUUUUAUAGAAAUUGUUUUGUUUAUACUUUACUAGAUUGUUAAGCAAGUAUGAAUUUAAAAGUUAAUUAAAUACUUCUCAUUAUAUUACUAGAAUUGAUUUUGUUGUUUCUAAGCAGUCUAUGCUUCAACUGUAUAGUAACAAAAGAAAGUGACUUCCUUUUAAAAGAAAUUCAACUGCCCUCAAAAUACUCUAAAAGUAUUAAAUAGGUCGUGCCAAAAAACUGUCAUUACUAUGAAUACCAUAGUAAUGACA